GGGCCCGUUUCUGGUGACUCCCUAAGGCAGGGCCUGAGCCUGCACCCGGCGCCGCUAAGGCCGCGGCACUGAGGGGCGGCUUCGCCUCCGGCCGACCUCAGUGGUGGUGACCUGAGAGGAAUCCUGAGUGGGAUGCGGCUGACGCGGAAGCGUCUCUGCUCGAUUCUCAUCGCCCUGUACUGCCUCUUCUCCCUUUACGCCGCCUACCACGUCUUCUUCGGGCGCCGUCGCCGGACGCCAGACUCUCCUUUGCGGGGCCUCAGGAAGGGGGCUGUCCCGGCGCGGGAGAGGCGCGGCCGCGAACAAUCUACUUUGAGAAGUGAAGAAUGGAAUCCUUGGGAAGAAGAUGAAAAAAAUGAGCAACAACACAGACUUCAGAUAUUAAAUAAGUCCACAAAAGAUAAAAAAGACUUCCAUGUGCAAAUCUGGGGCAAAGCUGCCAUUGGUUUGUAUCUCUGGGAGCAUAUUUUUGAAGGUUUACUUGAACCCACUGAUGUGACUGCUCAGCGGAGAGAAGGAAAUUCAGUUGUUGGAAGAACACAUUACAGCUUCAUCACUGGUCCAGCUGUGGUCCCAGGGUACUUCUCUGUUGAUGUGAAUAAUGUGGUACUCGUUCUAAACGGAAGAGAAAAAGCAAAAGUCUUUUAUGCCACCCAGUGGUUACUUUAUGCACAAAAUUUAGUGCAAACUCAAAAACUCCAGCAUCUUGCUGUUGUUUUGCUUGGAAAUGAACAUUGUAAUAAUGAAUGGAUAAACCAAUUUCUCAAAAGAAAUGGAGGCUCUGUGGAACUACUUUUCAUAAUAUAUGAUAGCCCCUGGAUUAAUAACAUGGAUGUUUUUCAAUGGCCUUUAGGAGUAGCAACAUACAGGAAUUUUCCUGUGGUGGAGGCAAAUUGGUCAAUGCUGCAUAAUGAAAGGCCAUACUUGUGUAACUUCGUAGGAACCAUUUAUGAAAAUUCAUCCAGACAAGCACUAAUGAACAUUUUGAAACAAGAUGGGAAUGAUAAGCUUUGUUGGGUUUCAGCAAGAGGACAGUGGCAGCCUCAAGAAACAAAUGAAAGCCUUAAGAAUUAUCAAGACGCUCUGCUUCAGAGUGAUCUCACAUUGUGCCCAGCAGGAGUAAACACAGAGUGUUACAGAAUAUACGAGGCUUGCUCCUAUGGCUCCAUUCCCGUGGUAGAAGACGUAAUGACGGCUGGCAGCUGUGGAAAUUCAUCUGUUUACCAGAAUGCUCCUCUGCAGUUACUCAAGUCCAUGAAUGCUCCCUUUAUCUUUAUUAAGAACUGGAAGGAACUUCCUGCUCUUUUAGAAAAAGAGAAAACUAUAAUUCUACAAGAAAAGAUCCAAAGAAGAAAAAGGUUACUUCACUGGUAUCAGUAUUUCAAAGGAGAGCUAAAAAUGAGAUUUACUAAUAUUUUAGAAAGUUCAUUUUUAAAGAACAAUAAAGGUUAACUAUAAUUCA